AGGGAAUCAGAGGACGGGUAGGAGCGUGUGUGAAAGAGACACUUACUCUCCUAACUACUGGGAGACAGGCACACUUUCCCUACACAACUCAAAGCAGCAGCGAACACAGGAGAUUUUUUUUAUUUUUGGUUGCCCACAAAUUCUAAUUACUCAUCAAUCUUUUCCUUAAGACUUGCUUACCGGGACUUAAUUUUGAGCCCCUCUCUAGGAAUUCUAUGUGCUGAUCAAUAGACAUUUCCAUCAUCACAAGACAUACCUCAUGGAUUUGUACCUGGUUGGAUAUCUCAUGUGGAUGUGGUUGUCCAACUCUCGGGUGCUCGGAGGCUAUCCCAUCUGGUGGUCCCUGGCCCUGGGGCAACAGUACUCAUCUCUAGGAUCUCAACCCAUCUUGUGCGGCUCCAUUCCCGGCCUAGUGCCCAAACAACUGCGCUUCUGCCGCAAUUACAUUGAGAUCAUGCCCAGUGUAGCAGAGGGAGUCAAACUGGGAAUCCAGGAGUGUCAGCACCAGUUUCGUGGCCGCAGGUGGAACUGCACCACUAUCAAGGACAAUCUUGCCAUAUUUGGUCCGGUACUUGAUAAAGCUACAAGAGAGUCUGCAUUUGUCCAUGCCAUUGCAUCAGCCGGAGUGGCAUUUGCGGUCACGCGCUCAUGUGCAGAGGGGACGUCCACAAUGUGUGGCUGUGACUCGCACCAUAAAGGCCCACCGGGAGAAGGAUGGAAGUGGGGUGGCUGCAGUGAGGAUGCUGAGUUUGGGGUUCUUGUGUCACGGGAGUUUGCUGAUGCUCGUGAGAACCGACCAGAUGCUCGGUCUGCCAUGAACAGGCACAACAAUGAGGCAGGACGGAUGACCAUCCUGGAAAACAUGCACCUUCGCUGUAAGUGCCAUGGACUCUCAGGCAGCUGUGAGGUAAAGACCUGCUGGUGGGCACAGCCUGACUUCAGGCUGUUAGGAGACUACCUUAAAGACAAGUAUGACAGUGCCUCCGAGAUGGUGGUGGAGAAACACCGGGAAUCCCGGGGCUGGGUGGAGACUCUACGUGCGAAAUACGCAUUCUUUAAACACCCCACAGAGAGAGACCUGGUGUACUACGAGGGAUCGCCGAACUUUUGUGAGCCGAACCCAGAAACGGGCUCGUUCGGCACCCGCGACCGCAUCUGCAACGUGUCGUCGCACGGCAUCGAGGGCUGCGACUUGCUGUGCUGCGGACGUGGCCAUAACACACGGACAGAGAAACGCAAAGAGAAAUGUCACUGCAUCUUUCACUGGUGCUGCUACGUCAGCUGCCAGGAGUGUGUCAGAGUCUACGACGUGCACACGUGUAAAUAAAAGCAGCGGGUGGAGAUGACAGGGACCUGUGGACAUUAAAGAAAAAAAAAUGGAGAGGCAUUAAAAUUCAGACGAACCUACACACACUCACAAUGAUGUAUGAUCACGACACACAGAUAACAGUGGCACUUCUGUACUACGACUUUUUACUAAUGUGCCCUUUGAUAUCCACGUCCCAAAAGCGUCAAAAUCGGCGAUGCUCACCGUGAUCGUCAUGUUUACUACUGUCAUUCUUCUCCCGAAUCCUGGCACGCAUUGCUUUGGGGGAAAAAAUGCCUGGGCUCUUCCCCACAAUUCGCUGUUAUCAUUCAGACUCCUUUAUCUGUAACACCAUCUCUCUGAUCAUCUCGCCCUAUUGCCCAGAGGCUGAAACAGGAUCAGUCCACCUCUGCUUACUGACACACACUGACACUAAGCAUGCAUGAAAGACAUAAAAAGCAGGACAAGAAAGUCCUGGUUAACUACUGAAUGCUGGCCCUCUCAUAAGCUCUGCUCUACUACUACUGAAUCCAAUGUAAUGCCCAUGCUUUCUCCAUGGUCCCCGAGAUUUCUCAAUCUGCACAUGGGCCAGUACUAGAGGCGAGCACAGAAAUGACAUGAGCCCUCGGACACGCUUCUAAAUCUAAAAGAGAAACAUGUUUUAUGGAAUCUAUUGUACACUACAAUGCAAAAUCACAUUCCAUAUAACCAUAUAUGUUUUACACUGUUUGCUACAUUGAGACUCCUGUUUAUCUGCUUUAUAUAGCGGACAGGGGAUGCAAUCGAUACAUUAGCACAGGCGGUGAAGCAAAAUGGUGAGAAGUCACCGUUGGUAAAACUCUGUCCCCCUUCAGAAUGUUGGUAUUUUGUAUAGGUGCAGAACAUGUAGAUACAAAGCCAUCGGAUUCUGUCCUGGAUGAGUGCAUGACAGCUGGGUAUAAAGCAGUGAAAUGCGUGACAGCAGAAUUGAAUGACACACACACAAACUGGGCUCAUGUGCACCCGAUGGGUAAAAAAUUGCACUUACAAAACUACUAAUGAUUAUACUAAUUCUAGAGAUUACAAUAACUUUUAACAUAUUAUUUUUUUAUAAAGCUCCUCGUGUAUGACUGUGAAGGCUCCGUUUCAGUACUUUCCUGAUAAGGAGGUUACGUGGAAGUCGGAGAACAAGUGAUGAAGAAGAGAAAGAAUAGUUAAGGAAAGAAAUAGGGGGGUUAAUAAAGGAGGGAGGGGGUGGCACAUGGCUGCUGUUUGGAUUGAUGUGGGCUUGUGUGUGUGUGAUAAAUGGAAGAAGCUGCAAGAGAGUCUGGCUUCACGACAGUGCAACAGACUUGCAGCGGUUUCCAUACAACAUGUCCUGACAGUUCUAUGCGCUUCCCAUUAAUUACAUUUAACUACCCAACGCUAAAGACAGACAUUAGACUAGAUUCACACCAAUCUUUGAGGAGCCCUUUCUCACUGGCCGCAUCUAUGCUCCCUUUCCCAUUUCUCCUUCCGCUAUAUCCAAAGUUUUGUACAAAGUUCAUAAUUCCCUUUUUAUUUUAUAAACUGAAAAUGUUAUGUUUUUAUAAAUAUUAUUUAUUACACAAUGUAUAUAUCUGUAUGACUGAACUAAGAUUAUAUAUUUGAAGAACAACUUGUCUCGUGAUUUUGCUUUUUAACUGACUUGCUCUAUUGAUAUGUUGGUCUCGUCUAUUUUAAUACAAGAUGCAUAUUAUAAUACUUUUCACAACAAAUUACAGACAC